CGUGCUUCAAAACCAACAGCAACAAUCCCUGUUUCGGCCUUUCCCUUCCUUGAGAACACAAAGUGAGGACUUGUUGAUCACCACACCUCGAUAAUGGAGAGCCCCCACGAACACCAGCAGAACCUGCUGCUGUCCCGCAUAAUUACCAAUGUGGAGAAACUGAACGAGGCCAUCGUUGUGAUGAACAAAUCUCUGCAGGAAAUCAACAUCCAGAACAUGAACGUCGAGCUCGUUGCUCAAAUGUUCAAGAACUACCGAUCCAACGUCUUGUUCCAUCUUGAGGCAACCGACAACCUCAAGGAUCCGGCAUAGACUGGUCGACUACAGAUUGUCCAGGAGCUCAUCUUUAUUUCUGGGGUAAUUGGGCACAUGGUUUGAUUUUAUUGAUGUUUGUUGUGCAAGGUGGUGAAGCAGAUAAAUGUCCCGCAGCCGCACGCAAUUGACAUGCAUGUUCUGAAUGGGGUGGGUCUCUACACAGUAAAGCUCCAGCUCCCUGCCGUUUUCGCCCC